CACCCAGCCUAACUAUUCUGUCAAACGCUCUGAACGAACGGGUAUUUUUGCUUGCUCCCGAGUUUUAGAUUUUUCUUGUAUUUUGAAUUAAUUUCUAGUAAUUUUUGAUGAUUUUAGUUACUAUGUGACAUAUUCAACAUUUACCCUAGUCUAGGCGCUAUAAACUAAGUGUUAGUGUUAAAAUAUAGAGUUUUCCGUGUACCGCUAUUCUUAGACCAAAAAUGUCUAAACCACAAAUAAAUACGAAAUCGAGCACGUAUCUUAAGGAUAAGGAGGCAUUUCUGAAGGAAUUAAAACAGUUUAACGACAGCAAAGGAAUACCAUUUAAGACUCCGUCAGUAAAUGGCAUUGAUAUAGACUUAUAUCUAUUCUAUACACUGGUACAGCAGCGAGGCGGUAUUAGUAAGGUAAAUUUGUAUGAUUUGUGGGAUUCAUUUCUGCGCCCCCUUCGUUUGCCACACCCCUGCAUCAAUGGCUCUACACUGCUGAGAAGAAUAUAUGGGACAUAUCUAGAGAAGUAUGAGAAAGCUAAGGGCCCACCGAGCAGAGAUGAUGAUAAUGACCUGGAUGAAGACCUCAGAACCACCCGGGGGAGGGGCAGAGAUCCACCGAGGACACCAUAUGGAGGGGGGCAGUACUAUUCUGCAUCUGGCGAGCCAAUCCGCACAGCGCAGACCCGUGUGGCAGGGCCCUCGGAGCGCCUCGCCCUGUCUCUCCUUUCACCCAUGCCUAACGAGCAGGACUUUGCUGUCAAUGUGUGCACAGUGCUGGCUGCGGACCACUCUAACCGGAUGCCUUUGGGGUCAACUCCGCAUAUAUUGGACUUCUUACUAGCUCAUGCUGGAGUUUAUAAUCAUGGGAGUCUGCGAGACACAAUCGGCCGCUCGUACUUCGAGGCCCGCGGCCGCUACCCGCACGAGUUCUGGCAGCUCCGGGCCGGUGGCGGCGGCGCCAAAGAACUCGCUGAUGAAACCAAGUUCUCGCAACUUACUGGCGACCAGCCGGAGUUGAUGGUGCAGGCGUUAGCGGCCCAGAACACAUUGACGGACUGUCUCAUGAAUGAAUGCGGGGGAGAGGAGUUGAUAAAGGAAAUUAUCGAGGAGGAGGCACACGAAGACUGGGUAACAGAGCCCUCAGAGGACGAACAGCUGUUCGCACCCGAACUCCCAGGCGGCGCGGCCUGCGUGUACACCCAACGCGUCCUCCAAAUAGCCUCCAUAGUCCGCUCGCUGUCGUUCCACGAGGAGAACGUGCAGUACUUGGCCAAGAAUACCACACUGAUAAGGUUCCUGCUGCUGUGUGCCAACUGCUGGGUGGGUAGUCUUCGGCAGUCGGGGCUGGACGCGCUUGGGAAUAUCUCGACUGAGCUGAUUAUAAAGGACCCAGCUACCUGCCUCAUCUCUCGCCACAUCCUCUCCACCAUCCAAUCGGCACUGGUUUCCAGCGAUCGAGCUAGAGUUUUGGCAGCGUUGGAACUGCUGAACAAGUUGGCUCAGAAUGAAGCGAAUGAAGACGCUUUACUCAGAUCUUUGGAAGCUAAGGUGUACCACGAUGUGUGCUCCCUCCUGACGCUGCGCGACAUCAUGGUGCUGGUGUGCACGCUGGAGUGCGUGUACGCGCUGACGUCGCUCGGCGACCGCGCGGGCGAGUGCGUGGCGCGCGUGCCCGGCCUCGUCGCCACGCUCGUGUCGCUCGUCACCGUCGAGGCACAAAGCUACGGGCCGCGGGCCUGCAUCCUGAUGCGCGUGGUGGAGACGGUGAGCGGGCCGAGCGCCGCGGCCGCCGCCGAGCGCGAGCAGGAGCGCCACAACCCGCCCCAGCAGCUGCAGGCGGUGCCCAUGCCAUCGACGCCGACGAAGGCAGUGGAAGUACCGGCGCAAUCGCAAUCUCCGCAGCCCGCAGCGCCGCCCAAUAGCAUACAGCAUUCGCACAUGCAACAACGUACUGUACAGGAAAACGAGCACUUCGCCCAGGCGUGGCUCCGUAACACAUACGAGGCGCUUCCAGUGGGCGACAACAGCACUUGUGACGCGCCGGAACUGUACCGACAGUACCUCGCCUGCUGCGCCAAGCUCAACAGGAAGGGGCUCAUCGCGCCCGCCAACCUGUCGCGACUUGUCAGGACCGUGUUCGGUGGCACCGUGGGCCCUAACACGGUCACGCUGCCGUCGGGCGAGACGCAGCAAGUCUACAUCGGCAUUCGAGCUAAGAACCCGCAGAACAGGAACCCACCGGCUGGACCCGCGUCACCGAUAUUGAAAGCGCAGCUGACGAAUAAGACGGCGACGGUAGAAGUCAAACCUGCCGUAUCGCAACCACAGGCCGCACCGCAACCGCAGCACCCGCACCUGUCGCACUCUCUCGACGCGAACACGACCAACACCACUCUGAUAAAACACCUGCUCGCCAAUAAAGUAAGCCCCGCCCUACAAACGCAACAAGUAGCGCAAAGGCAACAAAACCAGCAGAGAGGCGGUCCGUCCGGUACAGUCGUAGUACAGGCUAACCAAUCGGUAAUGGACGUGGACCCUGAGGCAUUAAUAAAAUGUACGACGAUCACGUCGGGUGGAAUUGCCAGUAGCACGCCUACUAUUCAAGGAGAUAAGGUGCUGAUUAAAUCUGAGGAAAAUACAGCUGUGAAAGAUGAACCAAUACAAAUACAGAUCGACGACCAGGCGCAACUGACUUUAAAGUCGGCGCAAAACAAAAUGCUAGCGGACCUUCUCGAGAAAAAGUCCAACCCGCCCGUCCAGGUCGUCCAAAUGGGCCCCCACAUGAACGCACCCACCAUUCAGAUCACAGAAACCGGACAGAUAGUCCAAGUUAAAUCUGACGCUAACCCGGUUAUACAGUACAAUGAGAAUAUAGUUGCACAAGGCAGCCAGUAUUUUCAAAUUAAGAACGAACAAGGCCAACUAAUUCAAAUCAAGAACGAACAGGGACAAAUAAUACAGUUAAAAACCGACCAAUUGCAAAAUCCGCUGAUACAGUUCAAAAAUGACCAGGGUCAGGUUAUACAGGCGAAUCAGAUUAUUCAGAGCGUGAUUCAGAGUCAGGUGAAGGAGGAAGCGGAAUAUAAUGAGCCGCCUAAUAAGAGGGCGAAGGUCGAGACCAAACCUGAGACCCCUCCUCAAGAAAGUGUAUCGAAGACUGCCGCUAAUCUCUAUGCAGCCCUGGCUGCGUCCGCUCUGGAGGACGAAGACGACUUGCACCGACCUCGAGGACUCAUUUUGGCAGGAGCUCUCCGCGCCAAGGUGCCGGUAAAGCAAGAAUCAGUUGACGUGAUCCAACCUCAAGUCAUGGUCGGAGGCACUGAGCAGACUGGCUCUGUUAUCAUACAGGAACCCAUUUUACAGGUCCAGCAGCCGACACUGCAAGUGCAGCAGCCUACGUUGCAGGUGCAACAACCGACGCUGCAGAUGCAGGCGCCUACAAUACAGAUGCAGCAACCGACCCUGCAGGUCCAACAGCCCAUGUUGCAAGUGCAGCCGAUGGAUGUGCAGAACAUUCUUACCUCGCAAUCGGGGCAGCUUAUCCUGCAAGAGAAAAUAACUUCGCCGCCUCCGCAGUUCGUUCAGCAGCCAAUGCAAAUCAUCGCCACUCCUGGAACAUCGCAAGGUCUUAGUUAUAUAACUCAAAAUAUGCCCGGAAAUAUGAUGCAAAAGACAAUUAUUAUAGUACAAGGACCGACAGGCGGGGGUCCACUUACAUUAACGGUGAACAACCCUGGCGGGCUGGACGAGCAGACUCUAAACAGCCUUAUUGCCCAGGCCACAGAGGCGAUAACCCAACAGCAAAUCAUUCAGAACUCAGGCGUGAUACAAUCCGCGCAGAGGGUGAUAGUGAGUCAGCCAACGUUAGUGAGCACAGCACAGCCUAUCACGGUCGUUAAGACUAUGUCGCAGCAGAACGCCCCGCAACUGACAGCAAGCCAGCAACCAAUAAUAACAUCUCAGCCCCAACCACAUAAGGCGCAAAUCGUCAACCAACCACUAAUGGUUACCCAGAAACAACCGCCGGCGUUAAUAAGCACGACGACGAGCAACCAGAUAGUGACGGGUAGCCCUCAGAUUAUUCCGGGCAACCAGCAAAUUAUAGUGUCUAGCAACCAGCAGAUUAUUAUGAAUGCGCCGAUUAAGCAAGGGGUGCAUAGGGUGGUGCAGCAACCACAGAGGUCGCAGCUGGUUACCAAUGUUAGCGUCAACCAGCCGGCGCAGGAAGAUAAAUCUAGUGUAAUUAAAACUACGCCAGCUGCACAACCACAAGUACGACAAGUGAUAACCCGGCAACCAGUUAUGGUCGGAAACACCAAAAUAGGAGAUCGCGAAGUGGUUGUCAACCAACCUGUGACGCCAGAGAAGCCUGCCGCCCCGGCCACGCCAAAACCUUCCGCCACGCCUCCACCCACACCGAUACAGAACGCACAAGAUGACACGCCGUGGAUCUGCCACUGGCGGGGAUGUGGCAAAACGUUCUCGAACGCGUCAGAAGUGUUCGCGCACGCGGCGCACACGCACGCACACGCCGCGGGCGGCGCGAGCGGCGAGACCCCUUGCCUGUGGCUCGACUGCGACCGCGUGCCGCGGCGGACAUUCGCGCUGCUCAACCAUCUCACCGACAAGCACUGCUCGCCGCAGGCACUGAAAGCGUUGUUCAACUCUCGUCGACACGCCGCGGCCGAGUCGGAGGCGAGCAAGCCGGUGGUGCUCGGGUACCCGCCCAACGCCGCGCUCGCGGCGCUCAACAAGCAUGCAGCCGACAUGUUCAACCCGAGGGAGCUUAUGCACCGAGCGGUCAGUCGCACGCCGGAGCAACUGGACGAGAAUGAAGGCCCGGUCACCAAGAGCAUUCGCCUGACCGCCGCUCUGAUACUAAGGAAUAUAGUUAUUUACUCCAAUACGGGACGACGCCAACUGCGUUCAUACGAAGCGCACCUAGCGACGAUAGCGCUCAGCAGCGUGGAGGCCUCGCGGACCAUCGCCCAAGUGCUAUACGACAUGAACAACAUCUGAGAAUCGUAAACGGGCGGCGGCCCGCCUUCAUUCAGUUAUCUCAAGUCUGCAGUUAUCGGUGGACAUUUCAAACAUGGCUUCUUGUAAGGGCCAACCCACACUAGCGUCUUUUGAGUGUCGACGUCUAUAAUAUAGUCAGCGCUAUAGACAAUGGCGUCGCUGCGCAGUUGCGUCAACGUUGCGUCGAGCAGCAGCGAUAGAGUUGACUUGACGCCGACGCUCGAAAGACGCUAGUGUAGGGUGGCUGUAAUAAUGUGCGUACAGAACGUUUCCGAAAGUUAUCUUUAUAGUAAAUUUGCCUUAUCAGUAACUUUGAAACUGCGCUCAUACCAAGGGCUGUAUGAUAUAAACGAGAUCUUUUGAAUCUUAACUGGGGGGCGCGGCGGCCCGCCUUCAUCCAGGAAUGAGUCUGCAGCUACUUACUUGAAGGUCCUUGAAGUUUAGUGAUCUUUAUAAUACAUAUUAUGCCUUAUCAGUCAUUUUCAAAAUGCGCUCAUACCAAGUCAAGACAUGAACAACAGAGAACCGUAACCGUUUUUUCUUUGUUGUCCUAUACUAGUGUAUGUUAUAGUUUAUCACGAAUAAAUGCGAUGAUUCUGAUUCUGAUUCUAACCGGGCGGCGGCCCACAACCCCACAUUCAUUCAGUAUUAUUCGUAGCGAACAUUUUCAAAGUCAAAGUGUCAAAGUGUUUUUAUUUGUGAGUUUAUGUCAAACUGAUUACAGUGGUGGUAAAUAAAUAUUUCAACAUGGUUUCUUUACUGAUUUGAACGGAACGGUUGCGAACGGAAAGUUUCAGUAAUUGAACAAUAUUAAAAUUUUCUGGACUUUCACUUUCCAAUUUUUUAUGGGGAAGGUAAUUUUCCGUAUUGAGAAUGGAAUCUUCUUUUAUUUCUAAGGUGUUUUUCUAAAAUCUAACUUUUUUAAGUGAUAUGCAUAGUAUUAUCCCUCAUAUAUAUUGAAACUGAAAAACGGACACACGCGGAAGUACCUACUCAAACGGAGACAUGUUAUAAAUUUGAAUUUUGAUCCAAUCUGUCAGACAUUUUCUGGUUGUAGAAACGUCACUUUUGACACUCACAGAUGGUAGCUAUGUCAAAUCCAAAUUCAUCCUCUUAUUACAAUCGGAAAAUAAUACUCGUUAUAAUAAGAUCUAUGAUUGAAUAGUGAACUGUUUCGUCAGUGGUAAUUUCUCGCUGAGCCUAACUGUAUUUAGACUCCUUUAAUUCUUUUGGAAUAAUGUAAAGCUAUUCUUGUUUAUCUAAAUUAUUGUCAUUGUAUAAAUGUAUACAAACGUAAAAUAAAAUACAUGAGUUGCAAAUUAGGUACCCAUUUGCAAAUCGUACAACGUUUUACAGUGCGCAUGGCCCUUUAAAUUUUCGACGUAGUUAAGUAAUGUGCUUAUUACAGCACAGGGUGUCGUAAUGGUGCAUCAGAUGUGCUGUAAACAAUAUUUUGUAACUGUUGUGGACAGUGACUGAUUUUAGUGCUUCUAUUUUAUUUUAUUUUAUGUAAGUGGAAAUGAAAAUGACUAGGUAACAUUGUUAUGUAAAACUAUGUUGAGUUCCCUUUAGAAGGCUAAGUUUAAUUAAACUAAUUAAACUUAACUUAACUUUAACUAAUUAGUUAAACCUAAGUUUAGUAUAAAGUGUGUGUAUAUUAACUACAUAUAAACACGAAUAAUAUUAAGAUGUACCUAAAUGAAGAUAGUACUUAGAUGAAAAUAAAAGUAUUGUUAAAUA